AUGAAGUUCGUUCUCUUCGCCGCUGUGUUCGAGGCCGUGGCCGUCUCGUUCGCCGCCGCCUACCCCAUUACCGGCAGCGUUGUCAACUGCCGCUCCGGUCCCGGCACUGGCUACUCCGUCAAGAAGUCGUACAAGAAGGGCGCCGACGUCAAGAUCAGCUGCCAGACCAGCGGCACCUCUGUCAACGGCAACAACAUCUGGGACAAGACCCAGGAUGGCUGCUACGUCGCCGACUACUACGUCAAGACCGGCACCAACGGCUACGUGACCAAGAAGUGCAGCGGCGGUGGCGGUGGCGGCGGCGGCAGCGUCCCCGGCCCCGUCAAGAACGACUACCCGUACAAGUCCAGCUGCGGCGGCGUCGACCCCUGGAACUACUACAAGUGCCAGUGCACCUCCUUCGUCGCGUGGCGCGUCAACAAGCGCCUGGGCAUCAAGUUCCACAACCAGUACAAGGGCACCAACUGGGGCAACGCCAACACCUGGGACGACGCGGCCCGUCGUACCGGUGUCAAGGUCAACAACACCCCCAAGCCCGGCUGCAUCGCCCAAUCCAACGCUGGCGGCUACGGUCACGUUGCCUGGGUCACUGCUGUCAACGGCAACAAGGUCACCAUCGAGGAGUACAACUGGGCCAAGCGCGAGGGCUACGGCAAGCGCACCGUCUCCAAGGGCUCUUUCAACUACAUCCACCUCAAGAACUAA